AUGCAAGCGGCCCUGGAACGGUACCUAUCAUAUCCAUACAGUCUGAUAAAUGGUCUGGAGUCCUCAUCUUCAAGGGCUGUUCUUGAACCAAAAGCAAAACAACUAAGAAUGAAUGGUUACGGCAAGAGAAAGAAUUGCGCCCUGCCGUACAACUCUGCUGAAGAAGAGUCCUUCUGGUCAAGUGGUCUGUUAAGUGACCACGAUGGAGUGGCUCUCACAAACGUUAACUUCAAAAAUUUGUCCGAGCACUUCGGAUUUCGUGGCCGUCAAGAUCAUUACGACGCUUAUGUACAAGAUUUGGAAGUUGCGUGGAUCCAGAUCCAGGGAGGAGAAUUGGCAAAGUGCGUUCGUUUGAAUGAAAAUCCAACAAAGACCCAUUCAGGUGGCCUUUCAGCGAAACACAGAAAAACUCCUCAAGAGAUGUGGGCCACAGACGGUGGACCAAGAGAUCCAGUCCAGCUUUUUGAAGAAUUUCUGAGAAGGCGCCCAUUAGAAAUGCUAACCUCUGGGCCUUUGUACUUGGCAAUAAUACAGCGUCUGAAAACCGAAGUUUGGUAUGCCAAGUCCAGGAUGGGUGAACACAAACUUAGCAGCAUUAUGAAGACCCUAGCACAGACGAUCAGCAUUGAUGGAAAAGAGAUUUCAAAUCAUUCCACCAGAAAAGCAGUUGUCGCCAAAUUUAAGAAAGCUGGACAACGAAGGCACAAAAUAAUUCAAAUCACAGGCCAUGCAAACGAAACCUCGCUCGAUGACUGCGACGAGAUUGACGAAGAAGAAAGGAGAACUCUGUCACAUAUCAUAAGCGGCUAUUCUGGACCAUCCACAACGACAAGUUCUUCCAAAGCAUCGCCGCCAAGCUUGAAUUCAUUGCCAGUUCCACCUUCAACAGAUGUUGUUGUGCCAUCGAGCAAAUAUGCAACGUCUUCAUCAACUUCGCUGGGUGCAGCCAUCAGCCAAGCAAGCACUAAUUCUCUUGCCCAUCAGUAUUCUAACAUCCAGUCUCCAAUUACACGAACAAACGACCCAGCAGUUCAGCAAUUCCACAACUGCACUGUAAACAUCCAAAAAUACUUUGGGCCGCAGUCAACAAAUCAAGCGAGUUCUUCGAGAGUAGAAUGUCAAAUCGGCGAGAUAACAAGCCCAAGUAUUCCAAGACGAAAGCGUAAACGAGCUUACAUUAUUGACUCCGAUGAAGACUGA